AUGAAGGGCAGGAGAUCAGUCAGGCAUUUUUCUGACAAAGAAGUACCAGAGGAAGUCAUAAAUAACAUCAUCAUGACAGCAGCAUCAGCACCUUCAGGAGCACAUAAACAGCCAUGGACAUUUUGUGUUAUCAAGGAUCCUGCCUUGAAGGCGAAGAUCAGAGUUGCAGCCGAGAAGGAAGAAUAUGAAAACUAUCACGGCAGGAUGUCUGAAGAGUGGCUCAAGGAUCUGGAAAAGUUUGAAACUGACUGGAAAAAGGAGUUUCUGACUACUGCACCAUGCCUGAUGGUGAUCUUCAAAAAGGCUUAUGAUCUGGAAGAUGAUGGUUCAAAAUCCAAAAACUACUAUGUAUCAGAAUCUGUAGGCAUCGCUGCCGGAGGUAGACUUUCCGGUCCGUUGGCUGAUGCCAUAGAUGCUGCCUAUGGAAGCAAGGAGACUUUUAUGGAGAAGUUUGGAGCUGCUGCGAUGCCUAAUAUCAUCAAAGGCAAAGAUGACUUUUGA